AUGAGGGCUCUGUUAAGGAUAUCGUCCUCAAAUGAUUCAACUUCCGCCAACUUUUUACUCGAAAUCUCCAAUCCUCCUCUUCAACGGCAUGCUUUAGCAGAGUCGAUAAUCUAUGGAUUUCUUGGAGUUUCCAUCACCAAUCUCUGCGCUGUGACCGGCUUUAUCUGUAUUCCAAUUAAGCGCUGGAAAUAUUUUAACAUUCUGCUUGGCUUCAUGACAGCUCUUGCUGUCGGAGCACUCUCUUCUACGGCUAUUCUUGUCCUCAUUCCCGAGGCUAUGCGGAUGAUCGACAUGCCCGCGGAGUUCGGCGGUCAAGGUCGCUCCUACCUACUGAAGCUUGGCUCUGUUCUUGCUGGAGCUCUAUUCUUCUUUGUUGUGGAAUACGUUCUGUUGAUUUUGCCACGCCUUCUAAAGUGGAAAGCGUCAUCUGGUGGCGACAAAUCAUUCGAAGGAACUGAUAUUGCAGACGCAAGUAACUGGCAUGAAAGUUCUCAUGGUUCUAGACAAGAUCCCGCCAACGACGAGGUUUCUUCUGUGGAAAAGGACGUGAUCUUGGAAAAUGCAGAGUCGAAUUUUAGUGACAACGUUUACAUAUCACAGAAGGCACCAGCUACGCGUAGUAGUAGACACUGCUGUAUUUACUUUAACAAGGAUAAUUUCUCUAAUAUCGCUCCAGUGGCUUGGAUGAUUCUCUUUGGAGACGGGUUUCACAAUUUCAUGGACGGAUUGACCAUCGGUGCCGGCUUCACUCAAAGUCCAACUAUUGGCAUCGCCUUAUCGCUAAGCAUCCUUUUUGAAGAGCUUCCUCAUGAACUAGGUGACUUUGCAGUCCUCCUCGCCUCCGGGUUCUCUAUCAAAUCUGCAAUUUGUGCAAACUUUACUUCAGCCUGUUCUGCCUACUUGGGUCUCGUGAUUGGCUUAAUAAUUGGCGAAGUAUCAUCCGGCGCUCUCUACGUAUUUGCAAUCACUGCUGGGUUCUUCCUCUACAUAAGUCUUUCAGAUAUGCUGCCGUCUCUUCGAAACGCCUUGGAAGAAGCUGAGAAGAACAAUGCAAACUCCUUUCGACUAUUCCUCAUUCAGGUGACUGGAUUGAUAGUGGGCUUUUUGUGUGUUUUGGGCGUGACCUUGGUUAGCGACUUGAUUUCACUUUGA